UUUGCUGUCAGAUGUCCUCUUUGUCAGGGAUAGGCUGUUCCCUUAUGGCCGCUCACUUCUCGUUUUCAUUAAGGAGCUCCUCGUACAACGGGAAGUCCACGUGUAUCGUUUCCUGACGCGGACUACUCUCUGACGAGUUGGAAAUGGUCCGCCACAAUACCAUACGCGCCAAAUGUCCUGUCGUCGGUGACCCCUCAGUUGGGAAAUCUACUCUGAUUCAAAUGUUCACCAGGACAGUUGACUUCCCACUGGCAUACAACAUGACACAUGCAGUAGAAGUGUCUUCAAAGGCUGUCCAUAUACCAGAAACAGAGGAUCGAGUGGAGCUCUUCUUUUUGGAUUGUUCUGGAAGGGCCUUCUAUGCUCCUUUUAGGUAUAAGCUGAUCCAUGAUCCCUCUGUGGUAUGUGUUGUAUUUGAUGUCACCAAUGAAGAAUCAUUCCGCAAUGCAUCCAAAUGGUUGGAGGAAGUGAAGCAGAAGGGUGGAGAUGAAUUACUCCCAGGUGUCCUCGUUGGCACCAAGAUAGAUCUCACAGACUUGCGGGUCAUCAGCCCCAUGGCUGGCAAAGAUGUGGCCAACUCACUUGGGCUUACUUAUUUUGAAUGUUCUGCUAAGGAGCGUAAGGACCUGGAGUUGCCCUUCUUUUACUUAGCAAAUGAAUGGCACAGGAUCUACAUGGAGAAAACGGAUGGAUUCAGAAGAUUCAUGGUUCACUGACCAUAUUAAUGCAUUUUUGUGGAUCUUGCUGCACUGCUUGAGUCUCACCUGUGAUCUACUUUUCACCUUGUCUAGUCACUAAAAUUUCAGCAUAAAUGGCAAUUAAAAAAGCCUUUAUGGAAAGA